CCUUAAAGAUGAUAUUCCUAAUAAUAACGGACUAGAGUUAUUUUGUGUGUGUGAUUUGAGAGUCAAGUUUAGUGUCUUACAAGUGUUUUUCCCUCUCUCCCUCAGAUUUGGAUCAUACAGCAGAUGUCCAGUUACACGCAUGGGGAGAUACUCUGGAGGAAGCAUUCGAGCAAUGUGCAAUGGCCAUGUUUGGUUACAUGACAGAUACUGGGACAGUGGAGCCCCUCCAAACAGUAGAAGUAGAAACUCAAGGAGAUGACUUACAGUCUCUUCUGUUUCACUUUUUGGAUGAAUGGCUUUAUAAGUUCAGUGCUGAUGAAUUCUUCAUACCCCGGGAAGUGAAAGUACUUAGCAUUGAUCAAAGAAAUUUCAAAUUACGAUCAAUUGGGUGGGGAGAAGAAUUUUCAUUGUCCAAGCACCCUCAGGGAACAGAAGUCAAAGCAAUAACAUACUCAGCCAUGCAGGUCUAUAAUGAAGAGAAGCCGGAAGUUUUUGUGAUCAUUGACAUUUAAGACACCAAAAAAGAAAAGACUUCUAUGAAGAA